GUUCAGUCCCGCUCAGUAGAGGCAAAGUAAGGCGAGAAUGAGCCGCUCUGCGCGCUCGUUCCAACUGCGGGACCAGCCUCGAAGAUCGAACAGUCCGAUGGAAGGCGAUGAAUUAGAGCCAAGCAGCGAUGCACCCCUGGCAGCAGAGGCGAGUGCACACUGGCAGAUUGAUGCAGAGCUCGCGCGGAAACUGCUGCGGCGUCGCGUCAAGGCCGUCGCGCGCCUGUCUGCCUGGUCCAGUGACUGCGAAAGCGCGUCCACAACAACAUCAUCAGGUCGCCCGCUUGUGACAGGACAAGCCAACAAACACCGUAUUGCAAAAAGGUCCCCGCGCGCAAUGCACAGCUCGGCGUCUCAAUCUUCCGUUUCCAAUCGAGUCUCAGCAGCAGCUCUGCAGCCGGCGCAGGCUGACGAGAUUGCCAUUCUUUCAACCACAUCGCAUCCCAACGACAAUGAUGAACAAGCGCCGCCAGUCGCUGGGCUGACUCACAAGCAAGACACCCGUCAUCGAAGACACACACCGCGAUCUUCUCGCCAAUCCAUGCUCAUCGAGAUCGAGCCGAGUCAGCAACCACCCCCCAAGGAAUCCACACCCAUCGUGAUUGUCUCGUCCCAAUCCUCUGCCUCGUCCACCGAAUCCAUUCCACCCACACCAGAACAAGCAGCCUGGCGUGCGCAUCGUUCUACGCGCAGCAGGCGAAGAAGUGUGCCAUUGCCGUCCAUGAUUCCAGCACACGCGAGUACCGAUGGUCAACGUUGACAAUAUACAAAUACUGUAUCCUGAUUGCAGUUGCACGGUUCAAUCUCACAGAAGAAGAAGAAAAAUAUGUUGUACACACGAGACACACACGAAAACAUUCAUC